UAAGUUUAGACGUCAGUGUUACGUUCAGCUCCUUUAAAGGCAUGGGUGUCGAGUCCUGCUCCUGGAGGGCCGGCGUCUCUGCAGAGUUUUGCUCCAACCCUAAUCAAACUCACCUCAUCAAGCUUAUCAUGGUCUUCCAAGGCCGACUGGAAACUUUCAGGCAGGUGUGUUGAAGGAAGUCAACAUCAUAAACUCUGCAGGACACCCGGCCUCCAGGACCAAGUUUUUGGACACCCCUGAUUAAAGAGGACAUAUCAUGAGAAUCUGUCUCCAUGUUUAAGUGCUAUAAUUGGGUCCCCAGUGCUUCUAUCAACCUAGAAAAUGUGAAAAACCCAGUAACUUAGUUUUGGUUAACCAUUCUCUGCAAGCCUGUGAAAAAAUAGCUUAUUGAAAUUUGUCUCCCCUGAUGUCAGAAGGGGAUCUUAUUAAUAUAAUACCACCCCUUAAUCUGGACUAUCCAAUCACAACACUGUAAUUUCGUGCAGAGAUCAACUCAUUUGGAUUUUAAAGGACACACCCAAAAGCGGCACAUUUUUGCUCGCACCUACAAAGUGUCAAUUUAAACAUGUUAUAAUAAAUGAUCUGUGUGGGGUAUUUGAGCUAAAACUUCACAUAUACUCUGGGGACACCAAAGAUAUAUUUGACAUCUUAAAAAAGUCUUGUGAAAUGUCCCCUUUAAGUGUGUGUAGAUGUUUUUUUUAUUGCUGCAAAAGUAAAAGUGAAAGUGAAGUUCAGUCUGAGCUCAGCAGGUCUUCUGUCUGAUAUUGUUUUGCUGAAUUUAUUAAAUGUGUAAUUUUAUUGGCAAAUUAUUUCAAAGAUUAGAUACAAACAUAGAAAUAGAAGUAUUUUCAGUUGUGAUACUUUUAUUUUUAAGGAAGUAGGUUAUGCUUUUUUUGAGCUGCUUGUGAUCAGUCUUGUACACAGUAAAGAUGGCGGAGGGUGCUAAAUCAGUUCCUGAUUCAUCAGGUGUUAGCUCCACAGAUGAGUCUGUUGUGAGGAUUCUUCUUCUGGGCAGGAAGAGUUCUGGGAAAAGCUCAUCAGGAAACACUAUACUAGGACAAAGAAAAUUUAAAGUGAAAAAACCUGAAGCUGAAGUUUGUGAGAUACAAACAGACAUCGGAGAUAAAGAAGUGCAUGUGAUUGAUACUCCAGAUCUUCUUGAUCCAGAUCUCAGUGAAGAGCAGCAGAAGAACAUGAGCGAUCAUCUCAUCUCUCUGUGUACAGCAGGUCUCAGUGCAGUACUGCUCGUCACACCUUUAGACAAACCUGUGGGAAAUGAAGAAGAGAUUCUGUAUUUUAUUAAAUCUUUAUUAGGUCCAAACAUUCAGAAGUACAUCAUGGUUCUGUUCACACAUGAAGAUGAGCUGGAGGAUGAGGAGGAGACAAUCGAUGAGCAUCUACAAAACCCAAAUCACGCUGACCUCCAGCGAUUGGUUACUACAUGUGGACGAGCGUUCCACUGUUUCAAUAAUAAAUGUAAAGAGGGAAAUCAAGUGCCAGAAUUACUGCAGAAGAUUAAAGGAAUUGUAGCAGAAAACUGUGGGAAAUAUUUCAUGCAACCAAGACAAAGGAGAUCAAGCAAAGACCUUCCUGAUAUUCUGUUUUCAGAAGACAGUCCAUCAUUAUCUGCUUCACAUGAGAGACUGCAACAGACGCUCCGAGUCGUGCUGUUGGGAAAAACUGGAGCUGGGAAAAGUGCGACAGGGAACACCAUCCUCGGCCGUAAUCACUUCCAAUCUACUGCCAGCUCAAUAUCUCAGACGAAACAGUGCAGUUCAGCAUCUUCCAGUAGGUGUGGCAAACAGAUCUCUGUGAUCGACACACCUGGACUUUAUGAUAAUGAGCUCAGUGAACAGGAGGUUUUAACAGAAAUUGUGAAAUGCAUAAGUUAUUCAUCACCUGGACCACACGCUUUCAUUAUUGUCAUUAAAGUGGGACGAUUUACUCCAGAGGAGAAAAACACUGUGGAACAGCUCAAAGAAGUGUUUGGAAGACAGAUGGAAAAAUACUCCAUAAUCCUCUUUACACACAAACAUUUGUUAGAUGAAGAAAAGAAAACCAUCGAGCAGUAUCUAGAGAACAGUGAUCCAGAUCUUCAGUUUCUUGUGCAGAGUUGUGGAAACAGAUUCUUCUGUCUGGAUAACAAAUCUACAAGUUACCCACAGUUUCAAGAUCUCCUCACAAACAUAGAGACGAUGGUGAGAGAAAAUGGAGGACACUUUACGAAUGAGAUGUUUGCCGAAGCAGAGGAAUACAUUAAGAACAUCCAGAAACAGAACUUGGAUGAGAAAAUUAGGAAGUAUAAGAAGGAGCAUCAACAUCACGUCACUCAAACUGAAUGGCAGAAAAUUUUCUGGCGUUUAGCAGCCGAGUCUCGAUGUGAGGCUGAGCAAUCUUUAACUGAUAUGUGCAUAACAGCCGUCGCUCAACUUCUGAACAAGGUUAGAGUAACACAUGAGGAGAAAGAAGAUGCAAUAAAGGAAGCUGAGAGUAAAGGUAUAAGCCGUAUAGAAGCUGUUAGACUCGCAGUUAGAGCCACACGGAAACUUGCAAAACAGACGAUGUGUGGAAUACAAUGAGAUCAGACACACAAGAACCUUAGACAUUUCAACCUCAGAAAAUUCAUGACAUAAAACAAUCUCAAACUUAAAAUCUGAAUUAAACAAAUAAUCUAGUGUUAAUGAAUUUAUGAUAAAGUAUUGUAUUUUAUAAAGUGUUACAAACAAAACUGGGGGGCCCUGGCACCAUCUCACACCCAUCAGUUUGUGAAGCACUGCAUUAAACCAACAUAACCAGGGCUCCAGACUAACUUUUUUCACUAGGAGCACAGUGGCCCCCAACUGAAAAUUUUAGGGGCGCAACCAGAAAAUUUAGGGGCACACACCGUAAAUCAACAUGCUAACCAAAUAUUCACAUUUCUACUAAUUUCCACUGUAUUACUAAUAAAUACUUUAAGGAUAGAUGCAGAAAGUACAAUGUGCCGUUUCAAAUUCAGUGUCACAUUUUAUUGUGCACUUUUGGAAAAAAAGGUCAAAUUUACUGGUUGCACAUGUGCGACUGGAUGUAAAAUUCAGUGGCACACUCUCAAAUUUUAGGGGCAAAAUGCCACCAUUUGGGGGCAGUCUGGAGCCCUGAUAACCACUGAAAGGGUCAUUACUGUCAUACUGUUACUCAAAUUAGAUGUGCUCUGAACUGGACGUCAGAAGUUUGACGUAGUUUUAUUAUCUCCUUGUUGAGUGUUGAAGUUGACGACUUCUGCUGAGUGAACUGCAAAGAAUUCUCUUCUAUUCAUUUCAUCUCUGACUUCUGGUCUUCCUUUCUCAUUAUCGAUCUUAACUGUAAUUCUCCUACACCACAAACCAGCAUACAUGUAAAGAUUAUUCAUAAGCAUUAAUGGUGUUGUAUGACCUGACUCCAUCUAAACCUGAAAGAGCUACACUAAAGUUAAAACUAGAAGAUAACAUAAAAGAACAAAACUAUUAGUUAGUUUUCAAUUAUUGUCCUAAACUUUAUCUGGUGUAGCAGAGUAGUUUUAGCAGUUUUGUUUGCAGUAAAAUGUGCACUUGAGGAAAUGUCUUUAUCUUAAACCUUAUAGCCUAAGACUGACUAAAAAUAAAAAGUUUCAUUUUUUGUUUUUUGUGUUUUAUUUGCUACCUUGUUUUUAAACUGAAUUAAAUUCAGUGUGUAUUUAUGAACUUUUAUAUUCAUGAAUUUGUGUCUUUUGACCAGAAUGACGCGUCUUAUAUGGAGUCAUAUUGUAUCAUUUCUGCCCGUAAAAAUCAAAUAUUUACUUUUAAUGUAAUGUAAUGAAAUUGUGAAGUAUUGUUAGCACUGUCUGCACUACAAAGCGUAUAUCCAUAUCUGUUCUGUGUCUGACCCGUGCCUGUUUAAAGUUUUUUGAUUGUUUGUUGCCUGCCCUGACCUACGCUUGGAUAUUUGACUAUGGAUUUGGAUUAGCUUUGCUGUUUAUGUUUGGCUGGUUGUUGACGCUAUCCUGUCUGCGUAUUACUCUAAAACCUGCAUUUGGAUCUCACAUGACACUGACAGAUUAGACUUUUAUAAGUUGUUGGUUUUAUUUGAUGUUAACAGUUGUGUUGUAUAGAUAAUCUCUUCAUCUCAAUAUGUGUUUUACAGGUCAAUGUUUUAAAGUUGUCUAUAAUAACAGCUCUUGAAUCUGUUUGAUGUCAGACUGAGCGUUAAAAACACAACUAAGAUUAUAAUAAAGUCAUUUUAAUCCAUCAUCACUUUGUCUUCUGUUUGUUGUUCCUCUUCAUCUCUCUAUCCGUCUCAUGCUU